AGGGGAGGGAGGAAGCAGGCUUUUGUACUUCUGAAGUACAGAACUACGAGAAAUAUCAAGAAGCACUACGAAGUACUACAAAGUACCAAGAAGUAUUGAGAAGUAUACGGCAGUAUCGAGAAGUAUCAUGAGUGAUAUGAAAGUACCGUGAAGUGUACUAAUUUUUACAGUAAGAUGAGACAGUUUUUGUUAGCUGAAUAUAUUUAUUCAACAGCAAAAAUAAACAAAACCAUAAGAAAAUAAGUAACAUUCAGGUUAAUUUUUUCUAUUUCUUUUUCAUGAGAGAUUAUUUAACGGUGUGGCCACACGAUACGGAAUUUCAUUUUUUCGCGUUGCAAUAUCUGUAACUUCUCAGAAAUAAAAGCAAACUGCCCAACAUUUUUAUCGCAUAUAGAUAUCGUUGAGAUCUAUCACCAGUAAAACUUUUAUUAAUUUCUCUUUAGUCACAGCAAAGUUAUUCAACAAAUACUGGCCGUUACGUAAUUUCAAAAAAUGGAAUUUUUUUUAGGGUAGCUAAAAGUUAAGCAUUUUUCUACGAAACAAAGCAAUAUACAAAUAAAUGUUACAUGCAAAAGUGGUUCAGCUUCUAACAGGCUAUUAAAAUAUAGGAUCAUUCCUAUCGAGCCAAGUUUUGUAAAAUAAAAGAUUUGGAAUAUCAUCCGUUACGAAAUUUCACUUCGUUACAGAAUUUCAGCUUUUUUUCGAAGAUUCUAAUUUGAACCCAAAAGAAAGAAUUAAAGUAAACAAUAAUCGUAUAUUCUUUCUCAACAUUAGAUUUUGCACCGAAUGACUUGUUUUUCAACAGAAUUCAACAAAAGAACUUUUCAACAUUUUUGACCUCAGAAAUUUUCGAGAAAAAUCGAAGACAGAGUUUGGAUUAUCUAAAUACUUCACUUUAUCCAGAAUUCGAUGCUGAUUCCGAAUAUGACCAAAUACGUGCAUAUCUCUGAACAGAAUCAGUGAUAAACUCUGGAUACUGUAAAAACACUCGACAUUUCAUAUGCAUACGAAAUUCCAUAACGCGGUAUUUGUACAAAACGAGUGUGAAUCUUGAAUGAAGCUGCAAUUAAAAUGGGUACUUUUCGCAGAGCUUGUUGAGCCCUAUCUAAAGACGUUAUCUUUGUUGCAAACAUUAGCGACAUAAGCGGGCAAAAUACACAAUUAGCGAGUUUCGUUACAGAAUUUCGUCAAAAACAGAGAUAGUUUUUAAAUCCAUUAUUUUCGUUCGUAGCCAAGUAUGAUCUAAUCGAAUGGCCAUGUCUUUAAAAAACACUUUGUAUCCGAUCGAUCAAUAACUGACUGAAGAAAUUUUUCUUUUGGUGAUCGUUCGUUGCGCGACUAUGUAUUUCACUACCCUCUGUUACUCAAAUUUUCGAGUUGUUUAUUCCAAGGAACACCCUACUCAUUCAGAGUACUCAAUGAUACUUAGGAAUAAAAAUUCCCGCAUUUCAAACACUAUCCCCAACCUCUUUCAAAUGGUAGGCUCAGCCUUCUGCUUGUUUGAUUUCGAACCUUCUCCAUGCAUGGGCGAUCGAUGCGUGGCCAUACCUAUAAGUUCAUUUCGUAUAUCAUUAUUACAUUACCGGUUUUGUUACCAUGCAAUGACUGUGAUUUUUUUAAAAAGAAUAUAAGCAUUUAUUUCUGUUUAAUGUUCAGCAUUAGUCCUUUUUUUAAUCAUAGUUAUAAUAAGUAUCAGUUCUCUUUCUGUGUGUAUUUUUUAUUGUGUUGUGGUCGUUUUAUGAGAAAGAGAAAAGCCGCAAUUUUUUUCUCUUUGAAAACAUUAGUGCAAAAGAAAAAAUGUAAAAAGAAGAAUAGUGCUUUGUUUUCAACUGUAAGUCCUACUUUCGUUAUUUGUUUAAUUUUUUAAAAUAAAAAGCUACAUGACAAGGAGGAACUGACUAUAGCUUUCUUUUAUCUCUGGAGUGAAAGACAUACCUAAAAACAAAAUCUAAUCACAUAUACAUGUCUAGAAAUAUGAAGGGGUGUGGCAAAGUACAAAGAAGUACGAAGGAGUGUAAAGAAGUACAAGAAGUCUAGGGAAAUGUGAAGAAGCAUAAAAAAGUACAGAAGUAUCAAGAAGUAUCGAGAAGUAUGAAGAAGUACGAUGAAGUGUCAGAAGUAUAGGAAAAUAUGCAGAAGUGCGAAGAAGUAUAGAAGUACAGAAAUCUGUUUUUCCCUCUUGCGCAAUACUCUAUUCUUUUUUGAAAUAGUUAUUGCAGUUUGGUUUUCAAUUUAUUCUAUGCCAUUCGAAAUACUUUCGUGCUUUGGCUAAGCUCCCUACUGAUGAAAAGACUACAAUCAGUAUAUCCACCAAUAAGUGCUAGUUUUUCAUAGGUGUCGUUAUAUGAACUCACAGACUGAUGUCCAAAAGAAAACUUUAUGAGCAUAUUUUAUGUAUCAAGCAAAGCUCCUUUUCUGAAAAAGACUUGAUUUUUGACCAAUUAAAUCCACAUAAUGUCUAAAAAUUUUUAUAUAUUGCGCAAAAAGUACCUGUGCUACAAACUGAAAGAUCGAAUACUUUAAGUGACACAGUUACUUAAAUUGAAUAUCAACCAAAAGGAAAAAAAGUAAGACCCCAUACUUCGGAAUACAAUUGGAGUACAGUGGAGUACGUACUCAGUGUGCUCCACUGUACUCCAUCUGUACUUCACCUGUACUUCACCUAGACUCUUGCUAUACUCCACUUAUACUCUAUUGUACUCAACUUGUAUUUCACCUGUACUCUGAAGUACGAAGUCUCGCUUUUCUCCCCUUGAUAUGAACUUUUACUCCACGUUGCUAAUGAAAAUCGAACCAAAAGAACUUCUUACAAUAGUUUUCACAUAUAACCUGAGAAAUAUAAAUCGGGAAUUCUCUGUCAGAGAGAAUAGGCAGCGAAUACGUUGCGAAUGAGGCAGCGAUGCAUACACUUUAUAAGUUCAGACCGUCUCAAACGUAUUUUCUCCAAGGAAGAAAAAAAACGAGACCCCGUACUUCAGAGUACAGGUAGAGUACCACUGGAGUACAACAGAGUAUAGGUGAACUACAGCGAGAGUUUAGUUUGAGCACAGUGGAGUAAAACUUAAGUACAACUGGAGUAUAGUGGAUUAGAGGUGGAGUAUAGUGAGUACGUACUCCGCGUACUCCAGCUGUACUCAAGCUUCACUCCACUGUACUCCACCUGUAUUCCGAUGUACAGAGUCUCGCUUUUUUCUCCUUGAUUUUCUCUCUGUUCCAAGCACAGUCGCACUCUACUAAAACACUUCUCAAACAUAUUCUGACCACUCGAUAUAUUCAUCAAGCAUGUUUGUAAUUUGCAUCUUUUGGAGCACAAUUGGAACAUGCCGUCUACCAUUCACUUCAUAUAUCAUAUGCACUUGCUUAGCCAAAAGGACGAUUUACGUAUACUCUCUCCUCCAAGAUCGAUUCAUUGUUGUCAGACGGAUCUCUCCGGCCUAGUUCCAGCAUUCAUGACAGUAUUCACUAGUCAUUAUUGAUUUCCACUGUUGAGACUUCUGUUUUCUCGGAUUCCUCUUUACUUCUUACUGGGCCUUUCAAGAAGACGGAACGAUCGCUUGGAAGAAAGCGAAAAACCGUCUGUAGUGUUAAAUAUAUGACAAAGUGGUAAACAUUUUUGGAAUGUACGAAAGUUCAUCGCCAAGUUUAAGCUAUAGCAGAACACUUCAAACAUGUUCUGAACAUCGUGUCAAACAGGCUCGCAUUCGCUGCUUGUGGGUCAGUGAGUAAGGGUGCAAAUCUUCUCUUCACUAGCAUCCUUACCCAUUCGAUCGCUCAAUCUGACUUUUCUUGUGAAUUAAGAAGUUUUUCCCUAAAGAAGAGUAGAUCGACUGGUAGGAUAAGAGAUGCGUGCGUUUGUGUUAGUGUAGGCAGGAACAGAUAAUAGGCUUUAUAUGGCUGUGUGUGUAGGUCUAGAUGUGGCACGAGAGAAGAUGAACCCUACAUCCCACUUCUGUUUUUUACUCUUUUCACGAAGCCGUUGCUAGAAUAAAUUUUAUUUGAAUCUUUCACUAGGAUGCUCAGUGUUGGAGAUUGCACUAAAAUUUAAAGUAUCAUAAAAAAUGGAAUCAACUUUAAUGUGGCUGAUUAAGAUUUCACAGUAAACAUUCUUAAUGGAAAUAACUGCUGAUUACAUCCAAUAGAACUAAAUUGUUUUUCAAUAUCUUUCCAAUCUUUUCCAAUUUCUAAUGAAAAAUACAUUUUUCUUAACUUAAGAUAGCAUAGUUCUAUCACUCACACUGAAAGGCAUUUUGAUGCAGGUCGACGCUGUUAGAAAAAGUCUUUCAAAAACUAUGAAAAAAAGAGAUAAUGUUGAGCGUUUUAUUGUGUAGCUCUUAAUGUGUAAUUCAUUAAAUUAUUAGAAACUUUCAGAUCUUGGCAUAUCUUCUAAUGUUUACGAGCGUAAACGAGCAUUAGUUAUUGGUAUCGAUAAUUACACUCGCAAUCCAUUGAAAUAUUGUAUUAACGAUGCCAACGAUUUAAAGGCAGCACUCGAACAUAUGACAUUUGAAGUAACAGCUGGAUUCGAUUGCAAUCAAGAUGAAUUCCGUAAAACAGUUGAAACAUUUGCUAAUGGAAUCCAGCGUACUGAUUUAACAUUGUUCUAUUUUGCUGGUCAUGGCAAACAACUUGACAAUAAUAAUUAUCUGUUACCAUUGGAAUAUAAUUACAGAGGAAAGCGUGAAUGCGAAUAUAUAGCAAAUCACAGCAUUGAUGUUAAAUUCGUCAUGGAUGAGAUCGAGAAAAAAAAUGGCUGUAUUACAGUAUUUAUAUUUGAUUGUUGCAGGAACUAUGUAUCAACUCGAAAUAUUGACAUGCAACUAGGCUUAUCACCUAUGAAUGCACCGCCAGAAACUCUCAUUGUAUUUUCUUGCGCGCCCGGGAGAGCAACGCUUGAUGAAACACGUAAUGAAAAAAAUGGUAUAUUUAUGGGAAAUUUGUUAAAACGAAUCGCAACAUUGAAUACACAUAUAGAAGACAUUUUCAUGAAUGUUGCUCAUGAUGUUAAAUUACAGACUGGUGGAUUUCAGCAACCAUAUCGGACAAGCUCUCUCACGGAAAAACUUUAUUUCGUAUCAAAUUAG